AUGGAGCAGCCCUUCUCCACGUCCAAAGUCACCGUCGAAUACUUCGACCCCCAUGGCGUCUACAAGCUGGUCGCCCCGGGCCUGAUUCCACGGCUUCCUCUCCGCAACCUGCAUUGGCAAUCGCACGCCGGGCCUCUGCGAUCCAUCGACACCUUGCACAUCGAGCUCGCCCCGGAGGGCUCCAUCGACCCGCGCCCCAUCCUCUCGCCAGACCCCUUCUUCCCUACUCUCCAGCGCAACAAUAGCACCGCCGGUGCAGCCGACAGUGGCGAUGGCUUCCAGACGCAGAUCGGGAACAUUGCGGGCGCUGUCGCCGAACCCGGCAACCAGACCGCCGGCCACAGGAACAGCACUCCCGCCCGCCGCCACCAGAUCCCCGGCCUGAGAAGGACGCCGUAUCUCAAGGUGCUGCUGGUGCGCUGCGACGACAAUGACUCCUACAAGAGCAGUGUGCGCCAGGAGAUCCGCGACUGGAUCAAGGCACACACGCCCAGCUCGAGCAGCUCCAAGAAGACCAACACCGCCGAGAACCACGACGCCUUCGAGUGGUUGAUCCUCCACGUCGUCGUUCCCAACACCGCCGCCGCCGCCCAGUCCCGCGUCACUGGAAAGUCGGAAGCCGCUGAGAAGACCUCGGCUGCGUCCAGAUGGCGCACUGGGUCCAGCACGCUCCUCGAGAAGCUGCGAAGCGACUUCAACUCAAGCAGCAAAGGUGCUGCCGACCGCAUAGCCCAGAUUCGUAUCGGCGUUAACGAUGUCCCGUACGAUAUACUGCCGCGCGUCGUUUCUGCCGUGCCCAGUAGCUACAAAGAGACCGCCGAGGAGAGCGAGGACGCUUGGAAUGACCUGAUCUCCAAGAUGAGGGAUCUGAUACUGUCAAGCUUUGAUAUGCGCGUCAGUCAGUACGAGGAGGACAUCAAGGAAAAGGAUACCCAAAGAAGCCUCCCAGGGUGGAACUUUUGCACCUUCUUCAUCCUCAAAGAAGGUCUCGCCCGGGGUUUCGAGAGUGUCGGUCUCGUAGAGGAUGCGCUGGUUGGCUACGAUGAACUGAGUGUUGGCCUGGACAUGGUUAUCAGGGACCAGGCGGCCGGUGAAUCUCGAGCCGCGGCCAACUCACUACUGGACUUCACAGAGGAACUGAAGGAAGCUACUCUCAGAGCUAUAGCUGCCGUUGGGGGCGAGAGUAACGACGGUGGAGAGGACGAAGUCGUUGAUAUGCAGGCUUCCCAUAAGGGAGGUGUUGAUCCAAACUUCACUUUCGACGAGAUACCCAUCAGCGCUACCAAGAAACCAUACCGGGACUUGAUUCUUGAGAACAAAGUCUCUGUGCUCGACUUCCGAUGCUAUAUUUUUGCGAGACAGAUCGCGCUGCUGCAGCGCCUUGGCAACGUUUGGUCUUCGAGGGAGGAGCUGCUGGCAAAGCUGCGGGAACAGCAAGAAUCUGUCAUCCACGGCGUCGCGCCCAGAGCGCCACCACCGAAGCAGGCUGAAAAUGAGCAGGAGGAUCUAUCCAUGUUGGCCGAGAUAUGCAGGAGGACUUUGGAGUUCAUCCCCUCGGUCUCACAGGUCAUGCGGAAUGAUAUUCAAGCAGCUCUUGCUCGAGAUCAAGACACCAAGGACAACAAGUUGCCACCAGUACUACUAGAGCCUACUGCCGGUGAGGUCAUCGAAAAUCUUGUGUCUGCUUUUGCCUUUUCUAUUGCGCAGCAGAUACUUGCCCAGACCGAGACAAAGGCGCUACCCAUACCUCCCUCUACAGUGGCUCCGUCGGACGGACAUGAGCCCAAAGCCGCAAUACCUGAGCCAAAGACGAUGAUGCACCCUGCGAGGAAGUCGUCGCUACGCGUGAGCACCGGUCCCACGGGCAUGCGUCCGCCACCUAGUCCGAAUGUCUUCCCUGGUCCCGGCCAAGGCGCUGCGGCUGCAGAGCACCAAGCUGCCAAGAACAGCGUGUUCCUUAAAGUUGGUCUGGAGGAGCUGGCUGGUAGGAGGGCCGAACUCUAUGUCCUGGCUCGGAACAUACUGGAGCAAUGUGGCAAGAAGCGUGGAUGGAGUGAUGGCUGGGCUGGGGUACCCGUCGUCGGGGAAGCAUCAAUGAUCGACAUGGUGGAGAUCAGCCUCGAUGAAGACUCUACGCCGGCUGUUGAUGUAGACCAGCCAAGGCAUGGGCUUGCCGCUCUGAUCGCUGGCCUGGAUAACAAGCUGCUCCGUACCGCACUGGAUAACAGUGAUGAUUUCUACAGGCUAUACGAGACUUUGACUGACAAGGCCCUUCGACAUUUCACCGUGGCCAACCAUACGCACUCGGUGCAGGCUUGUAUGGCCGAUCUCGCCAUUCUGAAAUAUCACCUGGAGGAUUACGCCGCGGCGGCAGCAUUUUUCUGGAGGACGACCCCGUUUUUUGGAGAGAGUGGCUGGAGCCUCCUGGAACUCUCCAUGCUCGUCAUGUACUCACGCUGCCUCAAGCAGCUUCAGCGGAAAGAUGAUUUCGUGAAGGUCAUGUUGAAGCUGCUGUCUAAGGCCUCUGCUGCGGAGCGAGACCGGCAGAACCAAAGAAAAUCGUUGCACUUGGGCAAGAAAAAGGAAGUUGACUACCCUGAUAACGAUGUCAUCAAGGGCUUUCUCGGUGAUCUCCUCUCAGAGACGAAGCAGCUCACUACCGAAAUGCGCGUCCCGCUUUCUAGUUUCUUCUCUAGUGUGGAAGUGGAUGGAACCCCUGAAUAUCACGAUGGGAGAGAUGGGUUCACAGUAUACCUGAAGAUGAGCAGCUUACUAGUAGACGAACUGAAGAUUGAAAAGGCCAGGGCGAGGAUGGUUGGCCAGAUUUCUGGUACUCAGCGUGAGGUUUGGCUUGAGCUCUCAAACCCUACGACGGUCAAACCUGGCAAGAAUAGGCUCAAGCUUGACAGUAACGUCAUCAUUCCUGGCUCGUACGAAGUCGAUAGGGUUGAGCUUAGAACCCAUAACCUGUGCCUCUAUCACGAGCGAACCACCAGCCAAUUCACCAACAAGCCGACCAACUUCUUAAAUGCACCCCGCGUCACUGUCAUUCAUCGUCUAGAGACACUAGAUGUGCGCAUGACUGCAUCUGAUCACAUCCAGCUUGAUAAGAAUAACACCGUUGAUAUCGAGAUCAACUGUGGUUGGAAUGAUCUGCUGGGCGCCGAGAUUAGAGUCAAGGCCGCAACCGGUGGUCUACGCCUUAUUACGUCCGAAGCGACAUGCAUCAGUAUGUCCUCGGAAUCACCCAGCUUUUCAAAGCCGCCCGAAGCUGGCUUGUUUUCUUUUGGUCGCAUACCUUCGGAGACAGCCAUCAAAAUACGCUUUCCCUACACGCUCGAGAACGAUUUCACGAGCAUCUCGGUCAGGAUCGAUGUGUCUUACACCACUGAGCAUGGUUCGUUCGUGUUUUCGCGAACGCCAAGUGUCCCGAUAACACUUGCUUUGGGCGUCAACGUACAAGAUGUCUUCAAGCACAAGGCUUUACUUUCGAAGUUUACUGUCUCAACGGGCAGUUCCAGUCCCUUGCGGUUGUUUAGAAGUGAGCUUAUUGGCUCCGAGAUCUUCGAUACUAGCUUUGGGCUACCGCCAAGCAGCUCCGUGUUGGUCUUCCCAAGACAACCUGCCAGCCUUCUCUACAAAGUCAAGCGGAAAAGUGGUGUUGCUAUUACGCCUAAGGCGAACAAAACCAUGUACUUGAAGCUGUACUACAGCGUUACACUUGACGAUAUCGUGGAGCUUGUCCAGAAAUCAGUCACAGACGCACUGCAUGGCACCCCACUUCAGACGUACACACGACUACUAGUCGAAGCCAUGUUGCCACAUAUUGAGCACGAUCUUGGCGCCUUUGAACUUGAACGAGCAGCACUGCUUUCCUCGUUUCCCACAACGUGCCUGACAGGUAUCAACUGGGCUGCAAAACUAGGCACACUUGGGAGAGGGGCGGAUGGUCAAGACCUCUGUGUUGCCCUCGGAAACUUUUUGCAAAGCUGGCAAACACAAAAUCCAACUUUGGCGCUCCCGCAAACAACUCCGCCGGAACCAAAGUCAAUCCUCAUUCCCGUUGAUAUCCCAAGCAUCGCCAUUGUCCAUUCCGCCGAUAUCCGUUUGCAGCCUCCCACGCCUGCAUCUCUAGAUUCUAUCACACAACUCACAGAGAAGAGUAACUCUUCUCCUGCAUUGACAGUAAACCAACUGACUCCUGCGACACUCCGCCUCAAGUGGACCCGGAUCUGGGACACGGAGACAACCAUGGAAGAGAUGCCAGACAUGGAGUUUAGCUACGAAGUCACAGCGGCCGGUGACGCGUGGCUUGUCGGUGGCAGGAGGAAGGGUCACUUUGUCAUCCCCGCGCCAUCUUCGUCCAACGACAUGAGCAGCAAGGCCGAGACCGAGGCCGACGUCCCGCUGCUGCUCAUUCCCCAGCGCGAAGGUUGGCUGAACUACCCUAACGUCGACAUCCGCGAGAUCCGUCCCGCGGACGCCAGCCACCCGUCCGCGGGUGGUGGUGGUGAGAGCGGCGGCGUCACACCCGUGGAUGGCGGUGACCCGGCCAUGCAGCACUGCGAGACUGACCUCCGGAACCUUGGCGAGUCGGUCCGCGUCGUGCCCGACAGGGAGCGCGUAACCCUCAGCUUAGACGCGAGUGGGCCUGGUGGCGGCCCUCUGGUCCUGGGUGUCGAGAAGCGCAAUGGAGGCGUCGGGGGGGUGGUUGUUUGA